GAUGGCUUUAGAGUGUAUAUUACCAAAGCACGUUGUAUACGAAUGGAAUGAAAAUCGUAUGAAAAAUGUUUUAUUCGUACGACGUUUGGACAAAGGAGUUACAGAGCAGACAAAACCAGCAAACCUUCCAAAGAAAUCUACUCAGAGCUUCAGAUCGAAGCAGCGUCCACCUCCCAAGACUAGAAACGAAGUUAGUGUCCAGGAUGUAGAUGGUGAUGCUUCGACUGGUCAAUUUGAGGCCAAUAAACACCUUGUGCCAGUUUUAGAGGAUAGUGUUGUCGACUUUACAGACGCAUUUGACCUCAAGGAUGAGGAGGGAUGGGGCAACGUUCCGAUGAAUCAUGUUCUAGGUAGAUUUGCCCAAUAUCGACAGCUGGCUCAAGAAAAAAUAGCUGAAUUAGAAGAUAUUACAGAAACAACAAUUGCAAAAACUAAUAGAAAGGUACAAACGCUUAAAGCACAAUUUCACGACCACAAAUCAAAAUGGGAAAAGGAGCGCGAUGUAUUAAUUAAAAGAGCCGAUCAGGCUGUUAACCUGCACUCUCUAGCUGAAAAAGACGCCGAUGCGGCCAUGGAUCAACUGGAAACAUUUAUACUGCAGCAAGAAACUCUUGAAAAAGAUGAAGAGGAGAGAAAGAAGGAUAUUGAUACAAAAUUGUCGAGACAGGCCAGCGCCGAAACUAGCCCACGAGUAGAACCAAUGGUGGAAAUACCUAAUGUUGAUGAAGAGAAAUUGCUAACUCAAACUGAUGAUGCUAAGGUAGCCGAAAGAGAGAUUCUUAGGGAAGAAUCAAAAAUAAUUGAGCAACAAAAUGACAACUCUGAAGAAGCAGAGAAAUCACAUUCUCCUCCCACAACCAAUCAAACCACACCAACCCCUGUCACAAUGGAGAAGACAAAAAUGUCAAGGAAGAAAACAAAAAGCGAAAUAGAAGGAAGGAGAUCGAGAAGGGAACGAUCUGAGCUAGUAAUCGCUUUAAAGAGCCUUGUUACUGAAGAUAUAAAAUUAUCUGCUUUAUGUACAUUGAUUGACAAAGUUAUAGAGGAAGCUGAAAUUGUCGGAGUACAUCCUAAGUCGGUAUUUACAGCUCUAGCUGAAACCGAUAUUCCAUUGCAGCGUAUAACGUCAUCUAAGCAAUCUCUAAUAUCUAAAAAAACUCUAUCGAAAACACCCUCUCUUGAAGAUGCUCCUCGUGUGAAGAGUGGGACAGAGAUUGAACUUGAGAAAGAUAUAACAGUAGCUUCUACUCAAAAAUUACAAUCGGAAUUGUCAGACGUAAAAGAAGAAAAGAGUUCAACGAUCGAGGAGAAAAAGGAAGAGAUAUUAUUAUCGCCCCUGUCUGACAGCGAGAAUAAUUCGGAUGAUGAAACGUCAUCGUCAUCAUCGAAUUCUUCCUCUCAACCGGAGGAGGUUGACGAUGAUUCUGAAUCUAGUUCAUCCUCCGAUUCAAAGGAGGAAGAGCUCUACUCGCGGAGUGACUCCGGUGAGGAUGGACCAGCCAAUUUGGAAGAAUUAAGAGCAAAUUCAGCAAAAGCCAGAGCAGUUUUACGUCAACAUCAUAAAUCAGCACUAAGUGAAAGACGGUCGAGAACAGAAGGAAGACGAUCAAAAUCUCCUGGAAUACCCACUGAAAUUAGAAACAACUCUGUCCUAUCAUCUGCGGAAUUAGACGAAAAUGGUGAUAUGCCUUUACCGGAUGAGGGCAAAGUCGAAGUAAUUACAUUCGACGUAGGAACUUCUCCUUUAGCUGCUUCGUUUUCAAAAGAUAGAACUGAAACUUUUAUUUCUAGUCAUAGCGUAGAGUUAGCUCAUAUAAGAGAAGAGGAAGAGGAAGAAAAUGAAGAAGAACGAGAGGAUAUUAUGGAUUGGAAACAACCGCCCCUCUUUGAACAUCCUAUCGUACAGGAAUAUUUAAAGACCUAUGACACAGUUAUCGGAUUUAAGCAAGCCGUUUCGUCACAUUUUUACGAUAAAGAAAUGCCAUCAUUAGGACAACAAUUGGAUGAUAAUAAAGUUCUCGUAUUUGAUAAAACAACGACUGUACAACCUCAGAUUGAAUCUAUGAGGGAGAGCAUCGGGACAAUAUUGGGCUUUGUAUUGAAAAUUAUUGGUGAAUUAACGAUGACUGAUCAGGAUUAUCCAGUUUCAUCUAUUGGGUUCAUCUCUCGUGAUCAAACGAGAUCUUUAACUACAAGGGAUCGCACAAUGCCAAUGACUGCUCCUCCAAACACUGCACCAAAUUCUACACCCUCUGAACAAGUGCGUAAUAGUUCAUCAGAUUUUCAAGAUUUAAAAUCUCAAUAUGACAAACUACGAAAGGCUCACGAGGAAGAGAUAAAAAGAAAUGAAACUCAACAACAUCAUCAAACUGUUGUUAUGAUGGAGAUGCAAGACACCAUCACAAAUCUUCGCCGAGACCUGGCGGUUGCUACGAAAACGCAGGGUAGGAUCAAUUCUGGGAGGAAAGAGGAGUCGCCUCCAUUAAUGUUUACAAGGCUUGAUGCCGAACAAAAUACACGUGUCUUAAAACGUGCUUUGAAUGAGCGACGACUCAGUGAAGAGAGUGUGCGAUCUGCCGUUGAAAAAAUGGAAAGUUAUGUUAGCGUUCCUGCAAUGAGAUUAUCGCAACUUGUGCGGAAAUAUAUUCAUCAUGUUCGAAUGAAGCAAGUUGAAGAUAGAAUACGGACCAGAAGCCGAAGUAUAAAUGAUAACGUUAGAGUAGCACUUCAACGAAUGGAGGCUUUUCAGGCUGUAAGAUCUGAAAGAUGGGCUUAUAAGAUGGAUAAUUUGAGUGAGGAACGAGUCAAGUUAGCAUAUGACUUAAUGGACACACUUGAUGAGAUUGAAAAUGCAGCUGGUGUAUUCCUUAUUAAGCCGUUCUUCUCGUACAGACCAGUGGCUCAAACAGCAUCAACAGUAAAUGCCCCCAAAGCUAUUCGUCAUUCACAAAUAGAAGGUCGAGCCAAGGCUUGGCAAACUCCAGCCCCAACUCCUGCAUCUCGACAACUGCAAAAAAAGAAUACUGAAGAAUCAACCAGACCAGCCUCAACAGGAGCUAUUCCUAUUAUGAGUAGGCUGACAGUUGGCACAUCUGCAGAAUCUAAUUACUGGUCACCUCAAGCCGCGGUUCAUAAAGUUGGAUCUUUCUCAGACAAUUUAAUCAAUACACCGAGAUUGUUAGAAUUGGAUAUGAACAAAAUGAUAUAUGGCCACAAUGAAGUGGCUGGGAGCGGUUCAAUUCGAAAUUACAUUAGUGUAGCAAGAUCAGGACAAAAGUAUGUCCCUGGUGAAACCAAUCAUCCAGCAACUCCACCAACUACUGAAAAACUGACAACACCAUUGCCACCCAUUUCAGGAGCGACUAAAUCUCCACCCGUGCCACCGAAAAGUCCAUUAGGGUCUUCGAUUUACACAGGAACUACACCAGUUGGACAAUAA